AUGGCACCUAAAUUCAGAGACGGUGAUGCCGUCGCAACUCUGAAUGGAAAAUGGAUUUCUUACGCACACACCCUCUUUGCCGCACUCGCCUUCGUCGGCGCCUUCAUUGUCGGUGUUCAAUUGCACUAUCAUAAAAUCGUGCAAAACGAGCACUUCGGCUACCCGGACGAAUGGUUCCCCUCUGUCUCAGCGACAAUCGGUGAUCGGUAUCCCGAACGAUCGGUUUUCCAAGUGUUCAUUGCAAUCACAUCCGGUCCCCGAUUCGCGCUCGUUGGUCUCUGGUAUCUGAUGACCGCACGCCCCGGUUCGACAUUGCCCAAGGUUGUCGCUUUCACUGGUCUGUUCAGGACAUUGACCUGCGGUGGAUGGACCUAUGUUACAUCGACCGAUGACCAUGACUGGCAUGAUAUCUUCAUGAUUUCGUAUCUGGUCGCUACUCUUCCAUGGACAUUGGGCUGUCUAGCUCUCAGCCCCGCGAACCGCCGUGCUGUCAAAUACCGCAAGGUUCUCGCCAGUCUCUUUUUUGGAACCUUAGUUCCUUUGAUCUAUUACUUCAUUCAACACAAGGUGCACAAGGUUGCCGGAGCUUACACCAAGUAUGCCUUCUUUGAAUGGUCUCUGAUCAUCUUCGACGUCGGAUUCGAUGCGGUAACCGCACUGGAUUUUGACGCCUUUGAAUUGGUGGUAAGGGAUGUAAAAGGAGUUAGCAGAGGACAACUCAAGACAACAGCAGACAAAGUAAUUGAAAAGGAAAAGGAUAAGCCAAUUGGAAACACUUUUGGUACCGGUUUCUCAUGGCCUGAAGCCUUGGAUGUUGCUGCCGACAUCUACAAUGGGUUUGUUUUCUGGUCCAACUAUACCGCUAUGCCUCUUCUCGUGUGGUACUUCCCACUGUGGCAUAUGGGCAUCUCCGGGUAUGAACUUAUCAUUGUCACCACUAUCUCUCCACUGAUCUUGGCCAUCCCGCCUAUUCGAUCAUUGGUUGUCCGUAACAGGGCAUUGUUCCAAUUCUUGCCCUUGACUGGAUUGAUGGCCUUCCUCGUCCAUGACCCUGUCUACCGUCUCUUCAUUACCGGAUUCUCGGUUGCUAUGGGCUGUCUUGUAUGGUCAGCAACAUUCUAUGGCGAACGGGCCUUGAAUGUACGACUAGAGGCACGUAUUUCUGCCUUUGCUAUUGGCCUUGUCAUGUCGAGUGUGGCCAAAUUCGCCUUUCAAACCAACAAUCCUGUCUGGCCUAUCAUGAACGCUGAGAACGGUGGAUGGAACAAAUUCGGACUUUUCCUUGGUGUCCUCGCUGCGGUACGUUCUGCAAGACAGCCAGCUGUAAGCGGAGGCGACUAUUAUCCACCAUCUGGUAAAAAGGGCUCCGCCAUUCUUGCUGGUAUUGGUCUUGGGGGAGUUCUCUUUGGAGUGCACUCACUUCUGUCCGAUUCUAGCACUAUGAUCAGUUGGGUUUGGGAAGGUUUCCCAAUUCGGGGACCAAUCCAAGUUCCUCACGGCGCUUUGACAAUCUUCGUCAUGAGUGCAGGUUACUUGUUCGGCUUGUACAACCCACGUCUGGCCGGCUCAUGGACAGCAUUCGGCAUCGGAUCUCUCGGUGCUGCAGUGCUUACCUGCUAUAGCCAUUGGUUCGGUUUCUACGGUGGCCUGACUAUUGCUUUCUAUCUGAUGGCCGUAACACCUGUACUCUUCGCCUCUGCUGUCCACCACUCACCCGCGUCCACCUUUGGCACCGGAUUCUGUGUCUGGGUCUUUUUGACCUUGUUCCACGUCUGGGUUGUGGCGUACGCCUUUGUUCCUGGCGGUCCUCUGGUGCGUGAGCACACCGAUUGGUUGAUGACCAUUACCAUGCUGUGUGUAGGCGCUGGUGUUUUCUCCAGCUCGGUGACCAACUCUGGCCCUUCUAAGAAGAAUUUUAUCAACCCCAACAGCCGUAGACAGCGAUCGUACUAUGUCUAUGCCCUUGCAGUCCUUCAGCUUCUUGCCGUUGCCAUUGCUUAUCUCCGAUUCCCUACAAACGACUACACUCCUUACCACAAGGAAGACAAGGUUGCCACGGCUGGUAUCUGGACUAUUCACUUCUCUCUUGACAAUGAUAUGUGGUCUUCCGAGCAACGAAUGAUCAACCUUAUCCGAGAGGCUGAACUUGAUAUCGUCGGUCUGCUCGAGUCUGAUACACAACGCAUCAUCAUGGGCAACCGUGACUUUACCGCCGUCCUUGCCGAAGAGCUUGGCAUGUAUGUGGAUUAUGGCCCAGGACCUAACAAACAUACCUGGGGAGCUGCAUUACUUUCUAAGUUCCCCAUUGUCAACUCUACUCAUCAUUUGUUGCCAUCUCCUGUUGGUGAAUUGGCACCCGCCAUCCAUGCAACUCUCGACAUGUACGGUGAGAUGGUGGACGUAGUCGUGUUCCACUCUGGUCAGGAGGAAGAUCCCGAGGACCGACGGUUACAGAGUGCAUAUCUCUCGAAGCUCAUGGGCUCUUCUCCUCGCCCAAUGAUCCUUCUCAGUUAUCUAGUUACAAAACCACUGGAAGGUAACUACAACACGUACGUGAGUGACGUGAGUGGAAUGAAGGAUAUCGACUCGACAGAUUGGGAUAGAUGGUGCGAGUACAUUCUAUACAAGAAAUUGAAGCGUACUGGUUAUGCCAGAAUUUCCCGAAGCACCAUUACCGAUACCGAACUUCAGGUUGGUAAAUUUGUUAUUGGUCAACCGGAAUCUGAAGAGGAGGUUCGCAUCCCAGAGGAGAUGGUUCCUGAAGGUCAACGCUUCCCGGCGCUGUUCCGUGGUGAGGGUGUUCGUGGUCAUAGGUACCAUGUGUUUGAUGAGCCAAGGUACUUUCAAUAA